AUGCCAUCAAAGUUCUGGAACGAUGCCAGUGCAAGCAGUUCCGAUUCAGACGAUAGUGCAGAGGAAAUCGAAGCCGUGGCAGAGGAACCGUCAACCAAGGAUAGCCACAAUGACUCCUCUGAGAUAGAUGAGCUAUUCAGAACUCAGUCGCUUCCCACAGAUGCUUCGAUCAUUGUCCCCGACCCAAGCGAUGGAGAGUCACCCGAUCUCACUCGCGAGCAGCAUCGAGACAACCUCAUGGGGGCUUUGCUACUGGACUACCAUAAGACUAGGGUCGCCGAGGCCUUCAAUGCGAAGCAGGGCAUGAACGUGACGCGGGAUACUCCCGAAGUCGUGGCGAUAGCACAACAGCUAUGCAAUGUUGCGAUAAGCAAGUUGGUCCAGGCCGACAUUCUGUCUGCUACACCGUCCUCCGAGCCAGGUAGCGAGCAGAGUGAAGAAUACACGAAGAUCCUGGACAGGUUCACAUUAGGAUCUGUCGGGAGUUCAAAUGGCACUUCAUUUGGCACUGGUCAUCAGCAGUCCCUCGAAGGAGGGCUUCAAGGAGGCACGAACAGCCUUGCGCUGGCGCUCAGACCGACUUCGAAUGGUCUUCAGCCUUCGAAUCAGCAGCACAACAAGUUACUGAACAUGAUGCUAAACGCCAAUCGAAUUGGCGCGAUUGGCUCACCAAUUACAUCCCCAUCGUCGGACAUGAUCUUGUCUUCAUCUAGUCUACGACAGCACAGUCACUACGACUCCAGCUUCCAGCAACUGAAGCUACUCGGCAAGGGUGGAUUUGGAAAAGUGUAUCAUGCGCAUAGUGUGUUCGACAAGAAGGAGUACGCCAUAAAGAAGAUUCCACUGAGCCAACGAUUGACGCUGAAGUACCAGCAAGGAGGACUUCAUGAGUUGGAGAGUGUACUGAGAGAGGUCCAAGCCCUUGCCCAGUUGGACCACGCCAACGUGGUAAGAUACCAUGCUACAUGGAUUGAGGACCCGAAGCAAGUAGUGUCACCCAAGGCUACAACCAUGCGACCGCAUCCGGUAUCACGGCAGCGCCUGAUCGCAGAUCGCCCACAUUUGCCAAAUCCGCGUGUCAUAGAGGAGAGCCGCAGCGGAGGCAUCGUCUUUGGAGAGAGCUCACGGAGAGACUCUGUGGACGUAUCACUUCCCGGCCCGCAGGGCUGGUCCAUCAACGAAGUCCAGGCUAAGCCUCACGACAAGUACGAUCAAUCCACGUCAAUGCACGCGUCUCAGAUAUUCACCGAUGGCUUUGCCAAGGGCAGCUCCAGCAGUGACUCUAAUAUCGACGAUACAGUCUGCGUCUUACAUGUUCAGAUGUCGUUGUACCCAAUGACACUCUCGCAAUACCUCGCUCCAACUCCACCGUCAAGCACAAGUCCACCUUCGUCACCACCUAGACGGCAUUGCUUUCACUUGAUUCCGUCCCUGCGGAUCCUGCUCGGGAUACUCAGUGGUCUGCGAUACGUCCAUUCCAUCGGACUCAUUCAUCGGGAUAUCAAGCCAGGCAACAUCUUCUUGUCUUUGCACGAAGACCUCUUACCUUCGGCGGAUCCAACGACCCACCAGAACGGGUUCUACAGCGUCGGUGACUGUCGUUCUUGUGGAGCAGGAAUAGCAGAAGCUGCCGCAGCAUCUUGUCUUCACGUCAACCCUCGAAUUGGAGACUUUGGACUCGUGGCCGAGCUGGCACGAUCAGAGGUCCAUCUCGACGUCGGUGGCUCGUCAGCCUCGUCGCCAUCGAAAGUUGUGGGGACUGAGUACUAUCGACCGCCACAGCCCGUUGCUGACGCCAAAACCAACAAGGCGGGAUUACCGAUCGACGAGAAGAUCGAUGUCUUUGCUCUAGGAAUCGUCUUUGUCGAGCUGUUGUGGUGCUGCGACACUUCUACGGAACGACUGCAUGUACUACGAGAUCUUCAGCGUGGUGUGCUCCCGCGGGAGUUUGCUGCUAGCAUUGACCGUGAAGGACAUGGUGGAGCAGGAGCUGGAAUCGGACAAGAAGUGGCUGACUGUAUCAAAGGAAUGAUUGAGCACGAUGCAAGCGUCAGGAUAGACUGCAGUGAGGUCAAGGAGCGGGUCAUUCGCAUCUUGGGAAAAUGUUCGUAG